AUGGCCAGAGAAAGCCAAGUCCCUCAACCGGGUCCUGCCCGCCUGUCUCCCGGCGCCGGCCCCGACGAAUGGCUAGAGCAGGCAAAGCAGUGCAAGUACCUGCCCGAGGCCGACAUGAAGCGCCUGUGUGAGAUUGUUAAGGAGUGCCUGAUGGAGGAGUCCAACAUUCAACCAGUCAACACUCCUGUCACUGUCUGUGGUGACAUCCACGGCCAAUUCUACGACCUGCUCGAGCUCUUCGCUGUCGCCGGUGGCAUGCCUUGUGACAACAACCCAAACGAACCUCAAUCAGAAGCUCCGAAGCCUGAGCUUGCCAAAUCUCCUCUGCCAAAAGGCUUCUCCGCUGCCGAUAUCGAACCACCCUCCACAAUCAAUGACCCCCGCGUCAAGCGCAAGAUGAAGCGUCGCUUCCAACGCGAUAGUGCAUACACUUCAUCUGCCUCUAAUGCCUCAGACGAUACCGGUGACGAUCCGGAAGGGGAUGAUGGCCAAGAAGGAAGCGAACUCAGAGGUCGCGUGAGGAGCCACGAAGACGAUAGUGAUAGCGGAAUUGGCGGCAGCCCAGAAGCCUCUAGGAAAAAGCAACCUGGAUCCAGCAGCAACAACAACGGAAAGCAAAACUUCAUCUUCCUCGGCGAUUUUGUUGAUCGUGGAUAUUUCUCCCUCGAGACCUUUACCUUGCUCAUGUGUCUGAAAGCAAAAUUCCCGGACCGCAUCACCCUUGUGCGCGGAAACCACGAAUCUAGACAGAUCACUCAGGUCUACGGUUUCUACGAAGAGUGCCAGACCAAAUAUGGAAAUGCCUCGGUCUGGAAGUCUUGCUGUCAGGUCUUUGAUUUCCUUGCUCUUGCUGCGAUUGUCGAUGGCAAAGUGCUCUGUGUGCACGGUGGCUUGAGUCCCGAGAUUCGCACCUUGGACCAGAUUCGUGUCGUUGCCAGAGCCCAGGAGAUUCCCCACGAGGGUGCUUUCUGCGAUCUAGUAUGGAGUGAUCCUGAGGAAGUUGAUACAUGGGCUGUGAGUCCCAGAGGCGCUGGUUGGCUCUUUGGUGAUAAGGUCGCCACAGAGUUCAACCACGUCAACGGUUUGCAACUUAUCGCCCGCGCUCAUCAACUGGUCAACGAAGGGUACAAGUACCACUUCAAGAACCAAGAUGUAGUGACUGUCUGGUCAGCACCAAACUACUGCUACCGCUGUGGUAACGUUGCCAGUAUCAUGACUCUUGGCGAGGAUCUAGAACCAGACUUUACCAUCUUCUCCGCUGUGCCGGAUCACAGACGCGCCGUUCCCGCAGGCAGAGGAAGGACUGGAGAAUACUUUUUGUAA